GAGCCCAGCGGCUCCCGGCGCUGCGGGGGUCGGGGCCGGAGCAGCCGGGUGGGGUUGAGGCGGUGGGACCGCGGCCUGCUGCGGGUCACGGCUGGCCUCGCCCCUUGCCAGGCGGCCCGCGGCGGCGGGAGCGCGUCUCCUUUCGCCGCUGCUUCCGGGCUGUCCCCCAGGUUUCGUUCCCCACCGCCCGGUGCGAACCCGGCACUAAUCCCGGGCCUGUGACCCGUGCGCCCUGGGAUUAAACCCCGCUGGGGUUACGGAGAGACUUUGGAUUGCAGUUCUCUAGCACAGAGUAAAACUGGCUGACACCAUCACUUGAACUCCGUGUACUUCACAGAGAACUGUUAGGAUGGGAAAUAGUGCACUAAAAGCCCACCUGGAGACAGCACAGAAAACUGGUGUGUUUCAGCUAACAGGAAAGGGACUUACUGAGUUUCCUGAAGAUCUGCAGAAGUUAACAAGCAACUUAAGGACAAUAGACUUGUCGAACAACAAAAUAGAGCUCUUGCCACCUCUCAUUGGAAAAUUUUCCUUUUUGAAGAGCCUUGCUCUAAACAACAACAAACUGACUGCUUUACCUGAAGAGCUGUGUAAACUGAAAAAACUGGAAACACUACACUUGAAUGGCAAUCACUUGAGGCAGCUACCGGCUGCAUUUGGACAACUUUCAGCUCUCAAAACCCUGAGCCUUUCUGGAAACCAGCUUCGGACUGUGCCCACACAACUCUCUGGUCUUCGCCAUUUGGAUGUGGUAGAUCUUUCAAAAAACCAGAUCCAGAAUGUCCCUGACAGUGUGGGAGAACUGCAGGCUAUCGAACUCAAUUUGAAUCAGAAUCAGAUUUCCCAGAUCUCAAUGCAGAUCUCCCACUGUCCACGGCUCAAAGUCUUGCGUUUAGAAGAAAAUUGUCUAGAACUCAGCAUGCUGCCUCAGAGUAUCCUCAGUGAUUCCCAGAUCUCACUGCUUGCAGUAGAAGGCAACCUCUUUGAAAUCAAGAAACUCAGAGAACUGGAUGGUUAUGACAAGUACAUGGAACGGUUUACAGCUACAAAGAAGAAGUUUGCAUGAUCACUAUUCUGACCCUUUUAUUACUAAUAAGAAGACUUAGACUAGAAGCAUCUGCUUCACUGACUUGAACCAAGACCGAUGAAGGAAAUGAUCAAAGUACUCCUCUUCUAGUAGUCUGAAACAGCCUGUUAAGACCACAUUGAAUAAACUUGAACUAGAGAAUAUAGGUAUUGAACUGAUGAACCUGCCCAGGGGCCAGUUUUGAUUUUUGUGCCACAAUAGCUUUUAACACAGUACAUGUUCUCCUUUGUCAGGGCUUGUUCUUUCACAGAGAAAGGGAACAAGCAUUUCAAAGUUGCCAGUUCCCUUUUGUCAGGAAGCUGGCUGAUUUGUAAGAGGAUUAUUUCUUCUAGAAACAUUUUUCCAUGAUAGCACAUGGAAGUUCUACCACCAAAGCACUGUAUGUCUUGCAUUAAGCACUAUUCUGCAGAGAACUUUUACAGAUAAGGUUUUAGUUUACAACCUAAGUUUUUUUUUUUUUUUUUUUUUUAAUGAAGCACAAAUAGUUGUGGUUAAGUUAAAUGUUUUAUUAACAGCUUCCAGUGUACAAAUUGUGGCUUGAACAUCCUUAAUUUAUGUUUUACUCUACAGGCUUUCUUUUCCCAUAAGCAAGAAUUGCACUACAGUCCAUUUUUGCUUGAGCUGUAUCAAAUAAAAAUUAGGUUCAUCUUCAGUGUAUUCAGUAAAAAUGUAUAUUGCUAGAAAAUAUAUCCUUGCACUGACUCCUUGUAUACAGACUAAUGCUGAAGGUUUUAGUCAUCAGCCCACUGCUGCUGCCUUAUUACCAAAAGCACCUAGAAAGAGCUAAAAAUGUAUGCAAUUAUGUAACUUAUACUGAAAAGGAAAAUGUACUUGUAUAUUUUAGUAAAUUAUUUUCAAAAAAUCAGUUCAAAUUUAUUUGGUGUAACUGUUGUCAUUUUAUUUAGUAGUACUAAGAUGUCACUGAAAGCCCUCACUUAGCUGCUUGAGUCUGUCAUAAUUAUGGGUGUAAUGUUGAAGUGUAGCUGUUGUUGGUAACAGCUACACUUCAACAUUACACCCAUAAUUAUGAUUAGCAGUAAGUGUUUCUUGUGUGAGAUGCACAGAGAGGUAUUUAUUUCCCUGCCCCUGUUGCCAUUUUAUUUCAGUUCUUACACAGUAAUACCAAGAAGAAGAGUGUUCUAGGGGACAUCAGCUCCUUAUUCAAAGGAUGGAUGCAAUUCAUCAUUUAACAGGGAACCAGUUGUACUUAAGAUUCCCCAUUCCAGCUAUUAUUUAAUAAAAAACCUAAUAGCUUCUUGCCAGAGGUAGCUGACAGCUGACCAUGUUUAUGAGACUACUUUGUUUUGGAAGGCAUAACUAGGGAAGUGCUUUAAGAACACUUUCAUCUUACCAUAAUGCGAGACCCAGUAUAGUUAGAAAUCUAUUCAGCUUCAUACUAAUUGAUUCCACAGAUUAGGACAUGCAAAUUGAAUAGUGAAUAAAGCCUCCACACUUGUUCUAAAUUUUAGCUUCUUCUACUUGAUACCGAAACCCCAUUUGAAGUACUAGUUUUUUUUUCCUAGAGCUUAGCAGUGCAUGAAACAUCAACAGAACAAAUUAGCAGUUAGCAGAUUCCCCCUUUGCAUUCACCAGAGGAGUGAUCUUCAUCAACAUGUACAAACUUGGCAAUACUGUGCUGCAGUGGCAUUUUGAUUUUACAGUUUUUUAACUGAAAGUAUCUGUGCUCAGAGAUUUAAACGUGCUUCUUUGCUUCUCUCAUUUAAAUGUGUUUAUCAGGAGUCUUCUUUUCUACUCAACAACAAUGUGCAAGAAGAGAUGGUAGAACAGAACUGUUGAAAAUUAUGGAAUUAGCAUUGCUAUAAAAAAAAAUCUUAUAAUUGUGGGAAGAAUUUCAAUAAAUCAGUAUUUCUCUUUGGUGAUUUACUGGUACAUUUAGAAACCUUUCAAUUGCUCAUUGUUAGUCUCAUUUGCUGCUUGGAGUUAUGACAGCUAUCAAGCUUUUUUAGAGCAAAAUAGAGAAAGCACCAUGUAAAAUACUGAUUGGAGCCAAGUUAGUCCUAAUUACCUAAACUUGUUCCAGAACAGAGGAAGACAUAUUUCUGUUGCAAGGAAAAAAUAACUGGCUGAUACCUUGCCUGUUUUAACUCACAGCAAUGAACUGUGACUAAGUCACAUAGUAGAAUGCUGUUCUAGGCAUUUCAGCACUCUAACCUAUUAGUAGUUUUAUAUUGGGACUUUGUGUUUUCCCUUCUCAUCACCCCACCCUGCCACAAGUGAAGCUAUAAACCAAUUUUAUUUCUGUGCACAACUUUGCUUGCAGCUUUUUAAUUUUGGAAUUACUGAGGUAAAAACCUUACCCUAGUUAACAACAUAAACAAUUUGUGUAUUUUCAGACCUACAUCCCUUGCUCUUUAACUUUCCAUUGCAGUAAGACACUUAUUUCAUCCAUCUUCACCAGCAUUUAGACACUGCAUUACUUUGAGUGCAUCAAAGGUGAAUUAGCAACUGCAGGUCAUCAUAUGGUGUGAACAGUGAGUUGUUUCAGCCUUCACAGAGGUGACUUCUGCAAGUAGCUGUACAAGCAGCAUGUGCUGCAGUUCAUAGUACACUUACUGCUCUGCUAAAAAGCUGUCUUUCAUCAAGGAGUAGGCUAGCUUGGAUUUACCAAUUAUUGUCUUUAAAAUGUGGAAAGGGAAUGAAAUUUUCAAAUGGAGGACAGAGCUGAACAAACACUCCAGAAAGGGGAUAUGGUCAAUCAAAACUGAAAUUGAAACAUCCAGAAAAUUUGAAAUAGAGUGACUACAACCAACUGUACUGAGAUGAAAUUGGGUCUAGGGAAAUAGACCAAAAGUUGUGAAAAUUAAUCCUUUUGAUAUCCCUAAAAUCAGGAAAGAAAGGGAAACAAAGACAGAAGAAAAACAGAAGAAUUGAAAUUGCAGGGGGAAAAAAACCAACCUGACACCCACGGGACAUGUGCUGCCUCCUCCUAAUAGUUAUGUAAGCAGGCUGUCCCUAGCUUCUUUUCUGUGUUACUGGUAGAUAUUAGAUAGUGUAUUAGAAGUACUUCUUUCAAGUUCUUCCCAGGUAUGCUAGUCUCUCUUGCAGCUCAGAACUGUUGCAAGUCAACAAAAGACUCUACUUCCCCCCAUACCUCCUUCUCCUUAAGAGUGUUUUGGGAAUCUGAGGCUGUGGUACUAGAGAAAAUACAAUUUAAAUUGCCUCACAAAUGAAAUUGCAUUUGAAGAAGGUUAAAUCACAUAAUUUCAUCUACUGGACUAGUUAUUUGCUAGGUAUCUGUUACCAGUACUUAACUAGAAAGUUUUAAGUUAUUUUACUUUGUUUUAUUUACAUCCUCAAGUAUACUGCCACAUAUGUCAUGGUCUUUCAAAGAAGAGAUGGACACAGUUCAUAGUCUGCAUCUAGGAGAUGAUUAUGCAGGGAUCAAAACCAGAGUGUUAAAGACCACAAUAUUCCUCUCCUCCCAACCACACCUAUUUUUUUUUUAGCACUGGGAUUUCUGUGAAAUAAAAAUAGAUGAGGAACUUCCUAGUUGCAUAAUAGCAAAUAGUUCUGCCGAGUCUUUCAAGGACAGGAAACCAAACAAAGACAUUUCUAGAGAAAAUAGUUUUAAAACACAUUCAGUUAUAAAAGUAUGUAUUUUUGUGCACAAUAUAUAGUUUAACAAUCAAAAGCAGAAACUGUAAACCUUCAUUCUUAAUAGCAUUUACACAUACAAAGAUGUACAAGUGUUGAUUUCAUACCAUAGAUAUGGAAAUUAAGCAUCUAUUCUAGAGACAACAGUAAGACAUCCAAGAAGCAAACUGUUUUUGACUAACAUAAAGGCACCAACUCCCUCACAGAUUUGCUGCAUCACAAAAUAGUAUUGAUACUCAGAUAAUACUCAAGAGUGUCAAAUUAUUUUGUGUGGUAUUCACUGCAAUAUUAUGGUUUUGAUAUCCCAGCAUUUUAUCAGCCAACAUGCUCAUUUAUUGGCAGAGAUUAGACAAGUCAAGAACAAGAACUUGCAACAGCAAGGGAGUAAAACAUUCUGAUGUUUGGAAUGCCCAAAUGCUACAGAGCAGGCUUGCAUUGCAUAAGCAGAAUAAGGUAACCACUUCAGUCUUCUGUUCCAGGAGACAAUCAUAAUUAAAUAACAUAUACUUUUGCUUUCACAGCUAGCAGCAAAUAUUGCUUAAAUUAAUCUGAAGUUUUUAAGAAGGAAAAAAGGGCAUACAAAGUCUCUAUGAAGGUGGCUGCUUGAAGUUUAUUAUGCAAUGUUCUUCUUUGCUACCUGCAUGUUUAAGCAUACUAUCUAUCUUAAUUUACCAUCUGGGUAGCUAGUGAGCUUUUGAAAUUCAGUAGCAUUCCAACAAUUACCGGAAGCUUGAGAGGAGCCAACCCACACUACUCAAGUAUCUAGUCCCCUAAAAAUGACUUUACCUUAUCCACAGAAGGCAAACUGCCACUGGCCUAUUUUUACAUGCAGCUGCCCCAUCCUUUGGUCGGUUGGUUGGGUUUUUUUGUUUGGUUGGGUUUUUGUGGGUUUUGUGCGUGUGGUUGUUGGUUUUGUUUCUUUUUUCUUUAAAUAUCAAGUUGUCCUGGGACUCAAGUGAAAAUAUACUGGUAACACUGACUGUUAUUUCUACUAAAAAGAAAAUAGAACACAUAAAAAACACUGUCCUGCAUUUUUGUGGAUUAGUGUCAUCUCUGACUCUGGGAUUCAAUAUUAGUGGCCACAGGGCAUUUGUGGACUUCAAAAAAGCACGCCAUAAUGCUAUUAAGUUGUAAUUCUUCAUCCAAUCAAUUUGGUUUGAAGAUGUUUGCCAUCCAACACUGAGUACCACAGGUUAGUCCAAAGCAUCAUUUUCAACUUUAAAACUGGCAUAAUAUAUUGCUGGGUGGAGUAAAAGUAAUCUAAGUCACUUAGAAUUUAAUUGUUAUUAAGAUUUGAAGAAAAUCUUUUUAUAUUACAGUAAAACCAAACUAUUUUUCUUCACAGGUUUACCUCACUUGGUCAGAAACUUCUCUAUCCUGCAACAGAGUAAGAAAAUUUUAUUUGCAAGCAACUUGGAUAUGUAAGAUUUCCAAUUGCCAGUCCCAAUGUCUUCAAUAAUAAACCAGUCAGGAAUCUAUUUAGAACUAGUUUAUUUACAACUAGCAUACAGUUUAUAAAUAGCUACUACUUCCUCCAGACUUGUGACAAAGAAGUUUCUCAAUAAGCUUCUCUGGUUUUGGUAGGUUUUAGAAGCACCCCCAAAGUCACUGCUGAGAACAAACUCUGAACCAAAUCUCAAUCAUUAUUUUGCACUGGAGAAAGGCAUAAACUGAAUUCCAGUGAAAACUGGCCAAAAGAAUAAGAUAUGGGAUGCAAGCAAACUGCAUGCUUUUCUACUCAGUUUCUUCCAGUUCAGAUGCCUCAUUCCAAAACUUCAAAGUUAGCUUUUAGAUGAGAGGUGUAAAAUUUUCCAUCAAAUAAAUACCUUAGGGAGAUAGUUUUAUCUUCUUCUACUUGUGUGCAUGGGGCUUAGAUCAGAUAUGUAUAUACACACAACAAAUAUUAUCAGAACAGUGCAGCAUGAUUGAUUAGUCAUGGCAUCCAAACUGAUGGCAAUUUACAGUAAAGAAAUGGAAACCUGUAUAUCCCUCUGGCUACCAUUACCUUAAAGUUCCUGUGGUUAGGAAGUGUUUGAAAGCCCUCAACCCUCAAGUUGUAAGUGGGUUGAGGGCUCUCUUCAAUUCUGUGAUCCACAAAUUCAACUCCAAAGCAAUCAUGUGGUUUGGAUUGUAAAACUAUGGUUAGAUGCUAGAGAUACAAAUCAGACAACAUUCACCUAGUCCCUAUUUUAGUGAAGACACUCAACUUAUGAGGUAUUUCAAACAGUGCAAAGUGCCCUCUCCAACUUUCCGCAACUAUGAAUUUAGGUUAUCAGCUUGUUCAACUUAAAUAAAGGACUGAAUUUCUGGUGAAGGGAAGAGGGAAAAAAAAAAAAAAAAAAAGAAAAAAAAAAAAAAAAAAAAAAAAAAGAAA